UUAAUCCAAGCUGCCAUGUCCAAUGUUUCCCAGGUGACCAUCAUCAUCUACCUGUCAGUUGUGGGUUCUCUGCUACUCUACAUGUUAUUCUUGCUGCUGGUUGACCCUCUCAUCCGUAAACAUGACCCCUACAUCCAGCCCCUUCACAACGAGGACGACUCAGAGGACUUGCAGCCUCAGCCUGAAGGAGGCGCUGUUGCACAGGGCAGAGGUAACACCGUACUGGAGAGAGUAGAUGGGGCACAGCAGCGUUGGAAGAAACAGGUCCAAGAACAGCGCAAGACUGUCUUUGACCGACACAAGAUGCUUAGUUAAACCCAAAUGGCUGACUUCAGAUCAGUCUUCAGAAGAG